AUGUUCCCAUGGCUGCUUCUGGCACUGAGCGUCUGUGCCCACCCUGGCACAGCUGUGUCCCCAACUGUCCCCCCACGCCACAUGGACUCGGUGGUCGACAUCCUGGACGCCCUCGAGUCCCCGGCCCGGGGCGGCUCCCCCGGCACCGCCGCGGCUUUGGGGAGGGGGCUGGGAGUCUGCAGCACCCCGGGGUGCCGGGCGGUGCUGGGCGAGCCCCUCGGGACCCCCGAACGUCCCCCGGCUCUCACCCCGGGCCAGUGGCAGCUCCUGACCGAGCUCCUCCACCACGACCCGGCGACACCGGAGCUGGGGGCGGUGCUGGCCCCCGAUGGCUCCACGGUGGCCCUCGGCCCCCUCCUGGCCGGCAUCGAGGCUGGGCUGAGAUCCGGCGGGUUUGGGCAACCCCUCCCCACCCUCAACCCGCCCGCCGACCCCCUCUUGGCUGUCACCAUUGCCGAGGCUUUGGGGACAUCCUUCCUGCUGGCGCAGCGGGGUGACAACAACGCCACCGCGUUGGGACCCGGUGGCUGCUGGGACGACGUGGAGAACCCCCAGAAUUACACCUUGAGGGGUCCCCCGUCCCCUGUCCCCGACCCUGUGGCCAUCGGGGCCAUGGAUGGGGCGGUCCUGGGGGCGCGGCUGGCCCGGGGACCCCUCCCGGUGGCCGAACUGCUUCGGGACUACUACGGGACCGGGAAUGGCUCGGAAGUGGGGAGACCCCCCAGCAGUUACCGGCGCCGGGAUUUUGGGGCACUGGCGGGACAGGGACGGCUGGAGAAGGAGGUGGCGGCGGUUUUGGGGCUGCUGAGGACGCUGUCGCCCACCUCGGAGCUCCUGAGGGACGUGGGGACACAGGAGGUGGCGGCCGUGGCUCAUAGGGCGUCGCAGGAGUUCAGCGAGCGCUACGUGGAGUGCCCGGCCAUCAUGCCGCGCUGCCUGUGGGGUGCCCGUCCCUACCGGGGCACCCCGGCCCCGCUGCAGCCCCCGCUGGGCUCGGUCUUCCUGCACCACACCCUGGAGCCAUCGCGGCCCUGCCGGACCUUCAGCGCCUGCACCCGCGCCAUGAGGGACAUGCAGCGCUUCCACCAGGACACCCGCGGCUGGGACGACAUUGGCUACAGCUUUGUGGUGGGCUCAGAUGGGUACCUGUACGAGGGCCGGGGGUGGCACUGGGUGGGUGCCCACACCAAGGGCUACAACACCCAAGGAUUCGGCGUUGGCAUCGUUGGGGACUUCACGGCCACCCUGCCGGACCCCGACACGCUGGCCCUGGUGCGGGAUGAGCUCCUGCCCUGCGCCAUCCGCUUUGGCCACGUCCGGCCAGACUUCAUCCUGCGCGGCCACCGCCAGCUCGGCCACACCGACUGCCCCGGCAAUGCCCUCUUCCAGGAGAUCCAGAGCUGGCCUGGCUUCCAGGGGUCACCAGUGGCACGGGGACUUGGGUGAGGAGCGGCCCCAGCCGGGGAGCCUGGGCUGGAUGGAGGCAGGAGAGGUUGGAGAGCAGUCCAGAUGGACACCGGCCCAGUCUGGAUGGACACUGGUCCAGCAGAUGUUGGUCUGAU